UCCUCGCGCGCAACGAUUUGGUAUCUCAGUCGCGCAGGCGGCAGUGGCACAGCGCGCGCACAUUAUCCGCGUGGUUUAUCUUUUCUUGACUUGCUCGCGGGACUGAAAAGCCUGCAGCUGAGCUCGCGCUGUAAUCUGUGACAACUGGAAAUGGACAGCAGCAACGAAGGAGUCGUGAAACACACAGAUAUGAAGCGUCCAAAGAGCCCCGACUGUCUGGAGAGCAGCCCUCCCCCCAAGAGUCAGGAGGGACAGAAGGAGGAGGAGGAGGAGGAGGAGGAGGAGGAGGAAGAAGAUGAGGAGGAGAGGAGGAGGAGGAGGAGGAGGAGGGUGGCGGCAGUGCACAGGGCCAAACGAGAGCGCCGUCAAGGCAGCAGCAGUGCCACUAUGUGCCAGGUGUGCAACAUACAGCUGAACUCUAGCGCCCAGGCCCAGAUCCACUAUAGAGGGAAGACACACCAGAGGAGGCUGCGCCGACUGGCAAAGGCUGUCAGCACAGGUGCCCUCUCCCAGAGCCAGAUGCACCCACUCCUGGGCUCCCUGCAUCUACCAGGCCGACCCCUGCACCCACGGCCUCAUGCCCCGCUGGAGCACUUCCUGCCGCUCAGGGUCAACAGCUCCUCGCCGCUCAGUCUCUUCCCCAACUUCAGCACGAUGGACCCGGUGCAGAAGGCAGUGAUCAACCACACCUUUGGCGUUGCUCCACCCAAGAAGAAACCCAUCAUCUCCUGUAACAUCUGCCACCUGCGCUUCAACUCCACUACCCAGGCGGAGGCCCACUACAAAGGUCACAAACAUGCUCGCAAGCUGAAGGCCCUGGAGACGCAGAGGAACCGGCAGAAGAACGGACACGGCCCAUCCACAGCGGGAAAAGGCAGAGAGAGGGGGAUGAGGGAAGGAGGAACGCUGCCCACAGACUCACAUUUGAAAGAUAUAACAGGCCCAAGUACUUCUUCCCAACCUGCACAGCAGCAACCAGAAAACGUCCAGGAAAGCUUGCUGGCAUCCACUCCGUCCUCACAGUCUAUAUCAAUGGACUCCUGCUCACUCCGCUCUCCUCAGCUGUCCCCACAAAUCUCCCCUGGCCCUCAGCUUCCUGAUCUACCUACAGACAGUCCGGCUGUGGAGGGGUGCAGCCCGGCCACCGGUUCAGCCCCACACUCUGACACACAGGGGAGCUCCACGGGAGGCUCUAAGCACAAACAGAUGCGUGAUGGUCACAACAGCAGCCAGUCACAACGCAGGGCCAGGAUGACAUCAUCGCACAGAAACACCAGUCGAAUUAAGCAGCGAAUGGGCCGCAAGACCAGAACGGUGGUGGGUGUAUCCAGCCAGCCCUUUCACUGUGAAAUGUGUCAGGUGUCCGUCAACUCAGAGACACAGCUCAAGCAGCACAUGAGCAGCAGGAGACACAAAGAGCGUUUGGCCGGGAAGCCCGUCAAGGCGAAGUUCACCCCCUAUAAUAAACUACAGCCCAGUGCUAUCUUAGCGACUAAACUGGCCCUGCAGAAGCACCUUUCUAAGGCCCUGCCGGCAGGGUUCCUGGCCAGCCAUCUCAAUCAAGCUGCCUUGUGCAGCUUGGCAUCUGGACCCUUGGGAUUCCGCCUGCCGCCCACAACCGUCAUCCACGGCCCCCUGAUCAACCCAACACUCUUCAGGCCUGCCCCAGGACCUCUUAGGGCCACACAUGCACCUAUUAUCUUCUCUCCUUACUAGCAAUGAGCCACGCUAGGUAGGACCUACAGUAGAGUGGUGGAUCUUACCUAGCCAAAGCUGGACUAGCAGACAAGAUUAGCUUGGUCGGUGAAGACAAAGCACAGGACCCCCGCGCAGGCAGCAUAUCAGCGCUGACUGACCAUAGUGUCUCCCCUUUAAAAACGGAAGGACCAUUGCUCUGCUGUUUUCCCUCAACAAAGUGUUGAGUGCAUGUUCCCCUGGGUCUGGACCCCUUUGGAAGCCAUAAUGACAAGUAUCUUUUAGUUUUAUUUAUAAGAUAAUAAUAAUAAUAAUAGACUUAUACACUAGGGUGUGUAAAUGUUACUAAGUGUUUGUUGCCAAACUUAUUUAAAUUGCAGAGCUUUCUAUUUGUACUCUGGAAGAACAAGUUCAAUACUUCAUUCCUGUUUUAGUCUUCAUAACCAAAAUCAAAGAAAAUCCAUAUUGUGUUAAUCCCCCAUGAAAGCGGCGAUUUACAUAAAAGAGCUCGCCACCAAUGAAAAGAUCCAUAACUUUGGAUUGCUGAGGAUAUUGCAUCUCAACAAAUAUAUAUAUUUACAGCCAUUGUCUGAUGUAGAUGCAUUUUCUUUAGACUUUAUUUCAGAUAAAUAAAUACAUUUCCUCUGUCUGUGUUUCUCUCUUGCUCUCUGUGUUAUGAGGUGACAAUCAACCAUCACCGUGAUAUGAUACCAAGAAUACUCGCCAUAUGGAGAUGCGUACAAUCACAUGGUUUCAUUUAAAGUUAUAAGAUUUAAAACGUGUGUGGAUAAAUAGGCAACAGCUUGAUGCUGUUUGUGCAAUAUGAACAGACUAGCUGAUGUGUGCUGUUACCCAAUUUUUUUUAUAAUUUGUGUCUUUGAUGUCUUUAUUGAACCUGUUGGUUUUUUAAUAGAGCUGUAUUAAAAAGUUCUUUCACUUUAGAAACCCCCUCCCACCUGAUUGUGCUGAAUCAUCUUAAGCAAUAUGUAUUUUUGAAGUGUCGCCUGGUAAAUUAAUGACUAGUGUAACUGUGCAUCAAUUGCAAUAAUGUAAAUUAUUAUGUGCUAAAAAUGUCGAUGCUGUAUUCUAUAUGAACUUAUAAAUAGUACUGUUUUUUA